AACUCUAUGUAGGUCGUUGUUUAUAUGGAUGAGCCUAACACUGGACUUGAUCCAACUUCAAGACAUAAUCUAUGGAAUGUUGUGAAGCGGACAACACAAGAUUGUGCGAUCAUCCUAACAAAUAGCCACAGACAGCAUAUAAUAAGUUGGAUUGAUGGCAUAGGACAGCUAUCAGUUGCAUUUGACUUCACAACCAAGGGAGUUCUUCAGGAAGCUGUCAAGGGACAAUUAUGGAGAUUAUGUGAUCCCCAAGGGAAGCCACCAAGUGUAAUACAGUAGUACGGCUAGCUAGUUCCUAUAUUUAACUUGUGU